AUGGGAGCGUGGCUUUGUACAAGUUCAAAAAAUACAGCUAAAUCAGAAGGAACAUUGCUUCAUUCAUCAACACUAGAACGAGAUCGUCGUAAUAGUGUACAAGCAAUAUCAAAUCAUACUAUUGGUAGUAGUGGUACACAUACAGGUAUUACAAAUGCUAUUCGUAAGAAUGAAACAACGAAUGAUCCAAUGGUUGAAUCAUUUUCUUCUGCGAAAAAUACAAUACUUAUACCAACAAAUGGAGAAAGAGAAGGAGAAGAUAUUAUACAACCAACAAAAUCAGGAAUUUCGUUUGUUGAACCUCAAUUUUAUGCACGAUCAUCAAAUAUACCACAACCGAAACGAUCUGAUUUUGCUAGUAAAAAAGUUGAGGAAUUUUAUUCAUCACCAAAACCAUUUCUUGAUGAUUUUAAAAAUAAUAAAGAUCAAAUAAUUAUCAAUGAUAAAGUUAUACCAAGAAAAUGGAAUAAUGAAGAAAAACCUAUACAAACUCAAGAAUUAUUUAUUAAUGAAUCAGGUAAUUCUCCAUUAAAUAAACAAAAAAUACAACCCAUAUCAAAUACAAUUAUUGUAAAUUCAAAUGAAUAUCAUCGUCCAAAUAAACAAUAUCAACCGGAAGAUGUAUCAUUACAAAUAUUUGAUCAAUUCUCUUUUCCUUCUUCAAAUCAAAAUGAACUUCCACGUAAAACUUCAAUUGAAUCAAUAACAUUAAAUCAAUCAUUAAAAUCAUCUAUGGAUCAAAUUGAUGAAACAAAUGAUUCAUCAACAUCAACUAGCCGUUCCGUACAUUUACCUGUUGAAAAACAACGUGGUCUUUCCGAAAUCAUACGAAAACGUAAUAGUCGUUGUAAAGUUGAAGAUUAUAAACGUUCAAUACAAAAAUCGAAUACAUUUGAUGAACAACAAAUGUUACCAUCGUUAUCAAAAAGUGAACAAGAAUUAACAUCAACUUCCGAUAUGAAUUCAAAAAAUAUCAAUCAAACAUAUUUAUAUGAUAUACCUAUUAAUUUUCAGGCUAAUACUGAAAAUCAAGUACAAAGAUCGAUUGAAAGAUUAAAUGUAUUAUUAUCAAAUGAAGAACUUCGAGAUAUGACAAAUGAAACGGAUGAGAAAUUGAGUGUAGCUGAUAAGAAAACUUUAUUUGAAACAAUCAUAAAAGAUACACCAAUUGGUGGGACUUUACCUCGAACAAGAUCUAUUAAAAAUGACGAUUCUUCAUUAAAAACAAGAAAAUCUAUUAAUGAAAAUCAAUCUUCAGAAAAAGAGAAUAUUCUUGUAACACCACAACAAACCAAUGAAGAUUUACAAGAGAAAAAACCUGAAGAUGCCACAUAUGAUGAUGAUAUAUCAAAAUUAUCAUUUAAAGAAAAAAUGAUUCUGUUUAAUAAAAAGAAAAAUCUUGGUGGAUUACCAUCAUCAAAACCCACUCGAAGUCGAUUAACACAGCCAAUUACUGCUGAAGAAGUUCAAGCUGCUGCAAAUUUAACUCCAUCAUCAAGUACAAAAGAAUUAGCGGUUGCAUAUCCUGUUAUUUAUGAUUACCUUACGCAUGAUAAUUCCCUGUCAUUAUCGGAUGAUUGUUUGAAUUCAUUAUCAUCUCUUUCACAAGAAAGUGAUCAGCAUGCAAAAUAUUUUUAUUCAUUUGAAGAUGCAAAGAUAGAAUCAGAAAAUGUAAUACCGGUGAGCAAAAGACUCGAACAAAUAAAAACAUUUGGUGAAACCGAAUGGAUAAAAUCUGUUAAACCAUCUGAAAAACUUCCCGCACCAGUUGAUGUACAAAAAAGUACACGUAAAACUCCAACAUUAAAAUAUAAUGCUAAAAAAACCAAUACAGAUCAACAACAACGUGCAAAAACAGUUGAUAUUGUUCGUUUAAGAACUGAUUCAACUAUUAAAUCUAAAGAUACUAAUCAAACAUCUUUAUCAACAAAGAAUACGAAUGGUACACCAACAACAAAAUCUAAUAAUAAUAAUGUACUUUCGGUAUUAAAAUCUGAUACAAUAUCUGUAUUAAAACCUGAUGAUCAUCUUGAUGAUUUUUUUACGAAUAUAACUAAAAAUUUAAAUGAAGAAUUAUCUGUACAAUUGAAUACAGAUGAUCUUAAUCGAAUUGCUGAAAAUACUGUUCGAUUACAAUCACAAGCACCACGUGUUCGACCACCACGUCGUCAACAACAAGGAGCAAAAAAUCCUCUCCGACAAAUUCAAGCAAAUAUACCAACAGAAAAUGAAUAUACUGAAAUACAUACAAAUGUAUCUGAACAAGAAGUUCGUCGAAUAAAACGAGCACAAAUUGCUGAAAAUGCUGGUGUAGCUCAAGAAGCUUUAGCUGCGUUAACUGCAGGAGAAAAUUUUGCUGAAGUUAAUUUACGUAAAAUUGAUCAAACACCUGUAGCAAAAUUUGGUUAUGAACCAUAUAAAGAAAUAAUGCUUAUAUUAAUAAAAGGUCGUCGUCAAUGUUCAUUACGUCUUGUUAAUCCAAUGUAUGAAUCAAUAAAUGAAGGUGAUUGUUAUUUAUUAAUAACACCAUUGAAAGUUUUUGCAUGGCUUGGUCGUUAUGCAAAUACAUUGGAAAAAGCUCGAGCAACUGAUAUAAUUGAUUAUUUAAGACAACAUCGUGAUUUUGGUUUACGUAAUGAAGUUAAAUAUUUUAUAUUAGAUCAAGCUAAAGAUGAUACUGAAGAUGAUAGUCAUGCAGAAUUUCGUGAUAUGUUACAAGGUGAAAUAGAUGAUUAUAAAUUAAUAAAUGAUGUGACAGAUGAUGAUUUUUAUGAAACAAAUAUAAUUGAUUUAAAUCGUGUUUAUCGUGUUGAAAAUGAUUUACUUUUACCAUUGGAAAAUUUUUGUUUUCGUUCAUUAUCUAUUAAAAUUCUUGAUCCAAAUGAAGUAUUUGUAUUUGAUUUUGGUUCGGAACUUUAUGUUUGGAAUGGAAAAUUUGCUGAUAAAAUAAAAAGAAAUAUGGGUUUACAAUUAGCACAACAAUUAUGGAAUGAUUCAUAUGAUUAUAGUGAAUCAAUUAUUAAUCCAUAUAAUCCAUUUGAUGAUGAAAAUGAAGAAAUUGAUCAAUCGGGUGGUAAUCGACCAGCAUGGUGUAUAUUUGGAAAACAAAAUCAAAAUGUUGAAACAUUACUAUUUAAAGGAAAAUUUUAUGAUUGGCCAAAUGAUCUACAAGAAAUUAAACCGGUUAAUGAUGUAACAAAUAAUAUUAAAAUACCGUCCACACAACGUCCACGUUCAAUUCUUGAAACACUCAAACCAGCCGAUGUACAUAAUAUGCUGGCUAAACAAGAUACUCCCGUAAAUUUUAUUGUUGAACAAAUUAGUUUAGGUCGAGGAAGACAUUGGUAUGAUCCUGUUGAAAUGCGUGGACAUGAUAUCGAAACAAUAUCAUUAAAUGUUUGGCAUGUUAGUGAAAAUGAACGACAUGAAUUAUCGAAAUCAAGUUAUGGACAAUUUUAUUCUGAUGAUGUUUAUAUUAUUCAAUGGAAAUAUAAAUUAGUGCCAUUAAUUAAUAAUAAAACAUCCGGACAAAAAAUCGAUACAGCUCGUACACGUAUUGCUUAUUGGAUAUGGCAAGGUGUUAAUGCUAAUGCUAAUGAAAAAGGUAUAUCAGCAUUAAUGACUGUAUGUUUUGAAGAAGAAAAAGGACCACAUAUUCAUGUAGCGCAAGAACAUGAAGAAGCAGCAUUUUUACAAUUAUUUGAUGGUACAUUAACUAUUCAUAUAGGUAAACGUAAUCAAAUAAAUGAGAAAAAAUCAAAUUGGCAUUUAUAUAUAUUUCUUGGCGAAAUUGAUGUUGAAACACAUUGGUGGGAAUUAAAUGUUACCAGUGCAAAUUUACGUAGUCGAACAUCAUUUUUAUUAAUUAAUAAUUCUGAAAAUUUAAUGUUACUUUGGCAUGGUUAUGAAACAACAGAUGAACAACAAAAUUUAGCAAGUAGAUCAGUUAUGAAAUUACGUGAAAGAUGUCCGGAAGAAUUUCAUUUUGAUGGUGAUAGCGAAGAUGUUGAAUUUUUUGAAAUGCAAGAAGGUGAUGAAAUUGAAUUAUUUUGGGAAGGAAUCAAUGAAAGAAAUCAUGAACGAAAAUAUUAUUCACUAUUAAAUGCUCCAUCAAAUACAGAACUUUUAUCAACUAUGCGUAUCUUUCAUUUAUCAAGCCUUCACGGUCCAUUUGUUGCUCAAGAACUUCUUUAUCCUCUUCGUUCUCCUGAUCAUAUAUCACCAUUUCCUUUUACACAAUCUGAUUUGUAUGAACUUCAUCAACCAGCUCUAUGUUUAAUUGAUACUAAUACUGAAUUAUAUAUAUGGCAAGGAUGGAAUGAUCAAUUACAUGAUGAAUUAGGUUCACCGACUUCUAAUAAUAAUUCAGUGGUACGCGGCACCAAAGAUAUUCGUUUUACAACAGAACGUCGUUGUGCUUUUUUAACAGCUGUGGAUUAUUAUAAAACAAAAACUGGUUCAUCAACUGUGAAUUUAUCCUGUUCAAUUAUAUAUGCUGGUUUAGAACCAAUUGAUUUUAUUAAUCUAUUUCCUAAAUGGAGUGUACAUAUAAAAGCUCGUCAACAAAAUCAAUUGGAAGGUAAAAAAUUGAAUCAAAAAGAUUCAGUUAUUGAUGUACUUAAUCAAUUAUGUCGAGAUCAAUACAGUAUAGAAGAACUUCGAACUCGUCCAUUACCAGAAGGUGUUGAUCCAUCAAAAAUUGAAUCUUAUCUUUCUGAAACAGAUUUUCAAAAACAAUUUCAUAUGUCUAAAGACGAAUUCUACGCUUUACCAUAUUGGAAACAAACAAAUAUUAAAAAACCACUUGGCUUUUUCUAA